AUGGCUCAAUCCACUACAGAAGCUGAAUACAUAUCAGCUGCUGCUGCAGUAAAUCAAGCCAUAUGGUUGAGGAAUAUGUUGAAUGAUAUGGAGGUAAAACAAUGUGAGCCUACUGAAAUUUUUUGUGAUAAUCAAUCGGCUGUUGCUAUGGCAAAGAAUCCAAUCAUGCAUGGUCGAACUAAGCACAUAAAAAUCAAGUUUUAUACAGUGAGGGAGGCUGAGCAAUGCAGGGAAAUCAGAUUGACUCAUUGUAGGGGAGAAGUUCAAUUGGCUGACAUCUUUACAAAGGCUUUAUGUAAAUCCAAGUUUGAAGAUCUUAAACUUAAACUUGGUGUCUCAAGCAAAAAUAUUAAGGAGGAGUGUUCAAAACUGAAGCUAGAAGCUGGCGGCAAAAGGGCAGAAUUUGAAGUGGUAAAGUUGAAUGAAUCCAAUGGUAAACGAACGAAAAUAUCAGGAUCUAAAAAUGAAAAAGGUGGUUCAAAAGCUGAGGCUGAAGCAAGUUCUGCGGCUGGUAACAAGUCAGCUGAUCAAAGCAAUAAACCUGCGGAGCCACCAAAAGAUUAUAUUCAUGUGAGAGCAAGAAGAGGCCAAGCUACUGAUAGCCAUAGUCUAGCACAGAGAGCUAGGAGAGAAAAAAUUAGUGAGAGGAUGAAGAUUCUCCAGGAUUUGGCCCCUGGAUGUAACAAGGUUAUUGGAAAAGCACUUGUCCUUGAUGAGAUAAUUAACUACAUCCAGUCACUUCAGCAGCAGGUUGAGUUCCUAUCAAUGAAGUUAGAAGCCGUCAAUUCGAGGGUGAGCCUGAAUCCUACCGUUGAGGGAUUUCAUUCAAAAGAUGUAAGCCUAUUGAUGCUGACUGAUUGCUUAAUAAUUUCUUUAUUAUAAAAGCAAUUGACUCCAAUAAUGUGAAAUUGUUUUGAUGUUUGAGGUUACAUGGUGAUCAUUGAUACUGCCGUACUGGAAUUUGAAUUUAGUACUUCUCUUACCAAAUCUUUCUGGCAAAUAGAAAUGAACUAAGAGUGCAAUUUAGAUGUUUGUUGACUGUUUCAAGAACCAAAUCAAUUCCAGUGAACAUCACAUAGAAUAACCAAGUUAUUUAUGCUUAAUUUAGUAGACGUUUAGUCAUUUACAAUCAAAUGAUUCAUAUGAAGUAGUUUUCAACUAAUCGCGUGAAGAAUUGGUAGUUAUUGAGAACUGGUCUUCUUGUGUGAUUCUUUGAUACUACUGCAAUGUUAUAAAAUUUCUAAGAAUUGAAAAAAUUCAACCUCUUUGGAAGGAUAGGAUUUUUCUCUUCAUUCUAGUGAGAGAGAAAUAAUCAGUUGGUUAGAUCUCGAGAUGUGGGUAAAAUAAUGUUCUGAUGAGAG